ACCGUUCGAUGCAGCCUCUUGAUGAUAAUACAUCCGCCACUUUCUAUGGGUAAAUAUGUAUUUUCCUUUAGAAGCCGUUUCUCUCUCAUCCAGCGCUUCCAUCCUAGCGAUAUCAUCGUUUAUGUAUUCCCAAAAUCGUUCUAAAUACCCUAAUUUCUCAAUUUGGUGUUCCAAUCGCUUCAUUGAAUAAUCAGAUCUCGAGGUUUGGCAUUCCAAUUGCUACUCAUUUUGGUGUUCCAAUCAUUCCAGUUUUCCAUAUUUUUCUUCAUACAUGCGUAGAUGGAUUCAGGUUUGAACUUUUUAUCCUCUUUUUGUUUUCUAAUCCUUCCAAUUUUCUCAUUUAAAAAGACAAGAUUUUGAAAUUGUAUGCUAUAAUGAAUUGUGCUUCUUAGUUUUCAAACUGUUAUGCUUGAAGAAAUUGUAACGAGGCAUCAUUUAAGUUUUCUUUUUAUUUUUGUUUGGGUUGUAUGAGUUUAUGAUUCCGUGUGCAUCAAAUUACACUCAUGAUGCAUUACUGCCAUUUUUUAAAUCUUUAUUUUAUACAAAGUAAAUUAUAUUAAAUUGACGGAGUGUAGUUUUCAUUAAACAGUAAUUGAUGACAUGAUGUAGAUUCAUCUUUUCUUAUUGGUUCUUUAUAACCCAAGAUGCAUAGGCUUGAAUAUCUUAUAAAUACUUUACAUUUUUUACGCAGAGCAGCCCAUAAUAUUCAUAGUGACUUGUAGGUGUUGGGAUCUUAUGUAUAGGACAGUAAAAAAUGUGCAUUAUGUGCUGUAAAAGAAUUGUACUAAAGAAAAUAGUGCACAGUGAUACAGUAGUGAUGCAUUUACACCUAUAUGUAGUGCAAAAUGAAACUCUCAAUGUAAUAAGUAACAACAAGACAUUGUACUAAUCUAAGGUAUGUCUCAAGGUUAGUUGGAUUGAGACAACUAAUAUUAUAGAUUUGUUCCCAGUGAUUCAACCAAAGGAGUGUUAUUGUAUUUGUGUAAGUCUCAAGGUUAGUUGGAUUGAGACAACUAAUUUUAUCUACUAUGUGGAACAUGAUGAUAAUUAUGACAUGAUGUUGUUGACCAUAGUAUCAUGCUCUAUAUGCAUAGUGUGGUUAGCUUUUUAUCAUCAUGAGUUACAACUUCUAAAUGUUGAUGCAAAUGAUAUUCGGUAAAUGCUUUUGUUUUUCUGUGUCUAUGAUGCAUUAUAAAUGUGGUAGAUGUGCUUGUGAAUCAAUAAAGAGUUGGUGAUUGAAGCUUGGGUGCUAAUAUCAACAAAAAGUCAAACUAGAACUUACACAAGUUCAUACAAGUGGAUGAUUAAGAAACAUCUUGUAAAGAAUUGUCCUAAACAAGAUGUUGCACAUAUUGACCUUGAAGCAAUAGACGAAUAUGAGGACUAAGCUUGGGCUAUGAAGAUAAGAAGAAAAUAGAUGAAUAUACACCCGAGGCGAAAUAUGAUACAAUGGGAUGAUGAUCUCAACAACUAUCGCGAAUAUCUUGACGAUCGGCGGCCUAAAUACCCUUUCUUGGGUCAGCGUAGGACUUACAGAUCCGGCAACAGGAGAACGUCUCGUGGGGAAGGAGAGCAAAAUCAUUCCUACUGACGACCGAGAGGUGGUGGACAAAAGCAAUACUGGCCUUUUAAAUCCCCAAAAACUCUGCACCUGCAAAAUUCAUACGUGUACAGCAUCUCAAAUUUUGCUGGUAAGACUAGUUCCUCCAAUUCUUUUCCGAGUAGGAACUCCAGAAUCUUUUCCCAGGCUGACGAGUACAAAAACUCAAGGUUUGUUUAAAUUUGAUGAGAGUAGAGCUCUAGAGAUAUGCCUUGAAUCAAACCAAAAAGGGAAAUUCAUUCGUAUUGCUGAGGAUCAAAAGGAAGGUUUGUCUUUUCUAUUGGUGCCGUUUAGGGAUAAUGGUGAUGGGUUUAAGCUAUUUUAUAAGGUGUUGCACUCUUUCCUUGAAAAGAUAUCUCUCAGUCAUAAAGGGAUGACCACUAAUAGCGAAGAGAUCCCACAAUCCGUCUGCAUCCAGAACGCCUCUUAUUUAGGUGAAGCUUUAGCUACCACAACCAUUGUCUCUCUUGACGCGGAAGUCUUGGAUUUAAAGGUGGAUGAGGUAAUAGAAGCCUCAACAUCUGAACUUGGUUCAUCACCUCAACAAUCACAACUCCACUCGAGCACAAAGGUUAUGUCUAGAGGCAAAGGUGGAUUAGGGACUUCUCUUCAGCUUCCUUGAUUGAAACCACUCCAGCAAACACACACAUGACUAUCUAUGAGGGAGGAGAACAACCAAAAGUCUUCAUCUCAAACAACUACAGCGAUUUAUUUCCACCUCUCCUAAGAAGGAAGUUAUCACCAUUUGCCCUUGCAUUUGUACCACUUUCAAACAACUCAUUUGCUGCUCUGCUCAACCAGGAUCAUGGAGACAUUGAGGAAGAGGAUCCUUUUUCAAAGAUUAAUGAACGGAACCUGGUUCUAUACUCUAAUGGAGUGGAAGACCAUGAAAUGGAUGUGCCCAUUCUUUACACCCAUUCUGAGGGGGAGGAUCAUGUUUUCAUUGAUUCUAAGCUUAAACCACUACAAAUAGACCUUUCAAGAUGCCCCAAGCACCCCUUCCAUCUGCGUAAGGCACUAAAGGGCAAAAGGACAUACUCUCCAUCUCAAAUGGUUACUAGAAGCAAGGCUAAACUAUAGGAAGAAGGGAGAAGAAACACACAAUUGGCUGGGAAGAGGAAGAUUAUUUGAAUGAUCCAUAGGAAUCUCAUGAAGAAGAGGUCAUCAAAUUCUUCAAGCUAUGUUGUCCUAACAAAUUUGAUGAACCUAAACCUCUUAAUAAGCCAUUGAGCAAAAGUCAGAAGAAGAAACUAAAGAAGAAAAAGAACAAACGGCAGGUUUCUGAUGGUUAUGAGGAUGAGCCCUUUGAUUUGGACUAUGCUUAUUGACCCUAGGUUUGCAGAAUCUGGCUCUGCAUUUAGAACGGAUCCAUAAUAUGAGUUUGUUUACAAAAGUCAAUUUCAUGGAGUUUGAUCUCACGCGUUACAUUUUGUUCUUUUUAGGCUUAAACUUGCAGGGAUUGCUUGGUAUUCACUCUUGAGGUUCCAUUAGGAGGUCUGACUUUGGGGUUUUAUUUUUUGUUAGCAGAGUUAUUAAUCUCUGCUUUCUUAUGUUCAGCUUUUAGCUCCUGUUUCAAGGUUGCUUUGUUUAAGAAGACCUUAUUUCUCAAGGGACAAUUUUGCACAGAACUCUUCCCCAACAGAUCGGAGUUAGCCUCCUCAUUCCAAUUGGAUGGCUCAAUUGCAUAGAAGGACCCACAGCCUCAUGUCUUUAACUUUUGGAUACCUUCCAGUGACUGCUAAUUGCUACAACUUUACUUGGGUG